UCCCUUCCUUGUUGUUUCUCGAAACAGUGGAAUAAUUCAUUGAUUCUUCAAACAUUGACCAGAGAUAUUAUUAGCGAUGUAUCAUCAACCGGUACUGAAGAACCGACGGACUCUUCUGGAACGAGCUGAGAAAUUCAUAUCUGAGAUUUAUUUCACCGACUGCAACCUUAGGGGAAGACUAUAUGGAGACACCUGUCCCCUGGAGUCCAUCUCCUCCUCUCUGUCACAGCAGCGGAUCCCAUUCCUGGAAGCCGUCAAACAGAACUUUCAGCCUUAUCAAGUUGGGGAGACCUUUGGACCUACAUGGUGGACAUGCUGGUUUAAAGUAUCUCUGAGGAUCCCAGACUCCUGGAGAGGGAAGCAGGUCCAUCUGAGCUGGGAGAGUGAUGGAGAGGCCAUGGUCUGGAGGGAUGAGCAGCCUGUACAGGGGUUGACCAAAGAAGGGGAGAAGACCAGCUACAUCUUGACUGAGUGUCUGAAGGAUGAUGAUCCACACAGGUUAGUGGGUUCUACAUCCUGUCUGGAGGAUGAUGAUCCACACAGGAUGAUGAUCACACAGGAGCCCACCAUAGAGCUUGGUAAAGGGACAUUCUUUGCAGACGGCCAGAGGAAGGUGGACUAUAUUCUGUGCUAUCACUAUAAGAAGAGAAGGAUCUCCCUGCAUCGUCUCUCCCUCACCUCUCAAGCAUCCAAUGGGAGCCUUCCGCUACCCAGCAUGCUGAGACGAGAUACACAGCCUGAGCUGGAGGCAGGGCUGCCAGAGGGGGAGGAGUCUCACCUGAGUGAGGAAGAGAAAGCUAUGAUGAGGGAGGAGUUUGAGUCUGGGCUGUUGGAGCAGGGCCUGCAGCUGGAGAGAGACAAGGAGCAUCCUCUGCGUCCUCAUGGCUCGGUGGUUGCCCCCUUCUCCCCUCCGGGACUCUAG